CUGUGCUGCAAGGGGUGGGGGCGGGUCUGCCGCAGCCCUAGCCAGGGAGUCUCUGCCCCGCAGUGAUUGACCGCCCUGCCAGCUGCCCGAAACAAGGAGCCCGCUGCGGUCACGUGCGCUGCGGGAUGGGGGGCACGUGGCCACACUUGCGGCUUCCCUGCCCUUUCUGCGGGGAAACAAGGAAAUCUGCAUGUGAUGUGAAUUCUGUGCGUGUGCAGUGGUGCAAAAUUCCUCAGGAGAACUUUCUGGAGAUGACGUGAACUGCCCACUCCUGGCUUCUGCAACCUCCUGUUUCUCUGCUAGAGUUGGGGGCCUUUGCACUAGUGUCCUUAUUGUGUUUCAAUUUGGGUAACAGCCUCUUGUUUCCCCAUAACUCUCUGUUUUAGUGGCUUCUACAGUACCUAUCACAACAGUCUCCAAAAUGCUCUCUGUCUCUGAUUAUUUCGUGCUCUGAUGCCUAUUUCUUACGCAAGUGUAGCAGCUGAUUUUAUAAGCUUCAUGUCAUUGUGUACCUAUGUAGAGUAUCUGCAAUCAAGGUUGAGACUUUAGCCAAGAUGUCUCGUGAGACUGGAAAUGAAUCCCAGCAAUCUCAAGGUGCCCAGCAGUCUCAGGGUGGUACAAGUUCUUCCUCCAGUGGAUCACAGAGUGCCAGUCAGUCUUCUUCCAGUUCUGGGACCCUCAGUUCUUUGGACACAGUUCCUACUCAGGAACUUCCUUCAAUUCCUGAGGAUCAGGAACCUGAAGAAAUCGUUCCUCAGCCAUGGGGUCGACUCUUUGCACUUGGAAAGGGUUUCUGCAAUUAUGACUGCGUGAAUGACGAGUGUUGGUUUGGCAGAGACAGAAGCUGUGAUUAUAGCUUUGCUAAGCUAGGGUUGACCGAGACAGGCUUAUACCAAAACUACAGCAAGAAGCACUUCCGAAUCUUCAGGGAAAUGGGACCAAAAAACUCCUAUGUUGCCUACAUUGAGGACCACAGUGCAAAUGGGACUUUUGUAAAUAAAGAGCUCAUUGGGAAAGGGAAAAGGCUCCCAUUGACUCACAAUUCUGAAAUUGCACUGUCUGUACAGACUAACAAAGUGUUUGUAUUUUCUGAUCUUAUGGUGGAUGAUCAGUCGGGGUAUCCCAGAGAAUUGAGAGAGAAAUAUAUUAUGUCAAAGACUUUGGGAAGUGGUGCCUGUGGAGAGGUUAAAUUGGCAUUUGAGAGGACCACGUGUAACAAAGUUGCUGUAAAGAUAAUCAAUAAACGGAGAUUUAUAACAAGUGCUGUGAGAGACACAGAUCCAGCUUUUAAUGUUAAUACAGAAAUUGAGAUUUUGAAGAAAAUAAAUCAUCCCUGCUUAAUCAAGAUAAAAAACUUCUUUGAUGCAGAAGAUUAUUACAUUGUUUUGGAAUUGAUGGAAGGAGGAGAGUUAUAUGACAGAGUGUCGAGAUCAACCAAGAUGAAAGAAGCUACCUGCAAGCUCUAUUUUUAUCAGAUGCUGUUGGCUGUAAAGUAUCUUCAUGAAAAUGGUAUUAUACAUCGGGAUCUAAAGCCAGAGAAUGUGCUACUUUCAUCUUCUGAGGAAACUUGUCUUAUAAAGAUUACAGAUUUUGGACAAUCCAAGAUUCUUGGAGAAUCAUCACUUAUGAGAACGUUAUGUGGUACUCCCACGUAUCUCGCCCCUGAAGUUCUCAAUUCACUUGGGACAGCUGGGUAUAGCCGUGCUGUGGAUUGCUGGAGUUUAGGAGUUAUUCUUUUUGUAUGCCUGUGUGGAUAUCCACCAUUCAAUGAACAAAAUACUCAGCUAUGUCUGAAAGAUCAAAUUACCCGUGGAGAAUACACAUUUAUUCCAAGAGAAUGGAAGCAUGUGUCAGAUAUGGCUUUGGAUCUUGUGAAGAAGCUGUUAGUAGUGGAUCCAAAUAAACGUCUUACAACGGAAAAAGCCUUAGAACAUCCCUGGCUUCAGGAUGAAAGUAUGAAGAGCACAUUUCAAGAGCUACUCUCACAAACAAGAGUCUCUAUGCAUCCACCACAGACAUCAAGACUGCCAACCACAACCAGAAAACGUCCCCAUGAAAAGGAAGAGGAAUCUGGCUCUUCUAAGCACGCUGUUCCUUCUACGUCAUUUCAGGAAAAAAAGGGAAGGGAAGGAAAGUAAACUUACUUGAAUUGCUGCUUUUGUCUAGGGAUUAUACAGAUUUUUAUAAGAAAUGUUUUUCUCUUAAUAAUGGAAUAAUUGUUCUGUACUAAUCAUUGAUAAAUAAAAAUAACU